CUCCCAAAGCGCUCACUCUUCUUUUAAUGGCGUACUCUUUCGUCUCUUUCCUCAGAGACCGAAGACUAAUAUCCAUGUCACUGUGUGACACUGUGGUCUCACUCUUAUUUGUUGAAGGAAGACUGGAUAAGUGGUUAUAUAUCCUUGUGGGUCUUAUAUCGUAACAGUAUCUUAGACAAUGGUUCCUAGUAAGUUAAUGCUUUUUCAUUGUAAAGCUAUACUGUUCAACUGCUUCCUCAGUCGCUUUUCUCAUGAUACUGUUUUUGUGUAAAAAUGAGGCAGAUGCCUACUAGACCAAAAUUAUAACAAGAGAGUUAGCAUUUACAAGAGAUUCCUCGCGUGGGUCUAAAUCAAUCAUCCCCAGAAAGUGCACUACAUGGAUCUCACAAGUCCCAAAUACUUGCAAGCUCCUCCUAUUUUUGCUUCUACUGGGGAACCAGCAUUGGAGACCAAUACAAGCCUGUAUGGGAAAAGUAAGGACAACCCAUUUGCAGACACCUUUCAAGACCCACUUUGCAAGCUCAAUCUCAAGGAGACAUCCGAGUUUGUCAAGUCAUUUCCAAUGCCACAUAGCGGUACGGAAUGCAAAGGGUUUCUUGAAGUUCCGGCUCAAAUGAGAAGAGAGGGAGUGAACUCAGUGACUCAGAGGAGAGUGGAAGCUCCUUCCACACCUGGUAGGCCAGUAUUCAGCUACACUAUUGGUAAUCUUGCAAAAAAGAGCUUUCCCUCUAAAUGGGAGAAUGCGGAGAAGUGGCUAAUGAGUAGUUCUUGCCAUGAAUCUCCUGCUCAUCCCUUUAAGCCAUCGCCAGAGUCUUCAAAGAUUCAGAAACAAAGUGAUAACUUUAAGCAGCAAAUGGAGUUAUUUGCAGAGAAAUCAAGGGUCACAGAGGAAAAAGUCUCAAAACUUGUUUCCAGCUUUCAGGGGUCGGUAGCUUUGGACCAACACAACCCAGGGGUAGCUUUUAAUGGGGUCUCUGCGUCUCCAGAUGUGCUUCUAAAAGAUAAGUUCACCGAUGAGGUAGAAUCAGUUUUGCCAAAUUUAAGAUACUCGGAGCCAUCAAAGGAAGGAUUUCUUUUUAGAAACUCAGCUAAUGAAGUGAUGAAAGAUGCUGGUACUGAAGUAAUUCAUGAAGUGAAACACAGAGAUAUUGGGACAGAAAUGACUCCCCUAGGCAGUUCCACAACUUCUAGAUGCCACACACCAUUCAAAAGCUCAUCGCCUGCUCGCCAUAACACGCCUGCCAAUAGGUCGGGCCCUUUGCCAUUAGGGAAUUCUAGCAGCACCAACAGCAGCAUCGACAUUUCCCAGUUACAAGCUUGCCAUUUGGCCAAGCUACAACUUGGGUCACAAUAUGAUUCUGUUAUAUCAAAUUGGAGCUCAAGGGAGGAAGAGGAAGAGGAAAUAUCAAAGAGCCUAAGACACUUUGAAACAGGCAUUACUUGCCGGAGAAGUGUUUCAGAUUCUAGAGCUGCUACGUGGGAGGAAGAGGAAAAGACAAAAUGCUGUCUUAGUAUCAAUUUUGAAUUGAGCUACAGGUACCAAAGAGAGGAAGCAAAAAUUCAAGCUUGGCUGAACCUCCAAACUGCAAAAGCAGAAGCUCAAUCAAGAAAGCUUGAGGUGAAAAUACAAAAGAUGAGAUCAAACUUAGAAGAGAAGUUGAUGAAGAGGAUGGCACUUGUUCAUAAAAAAGCCGAAGAAUGGAGAGCUGCAGCUCGCCAGCAACACAGUGAGCAGAUUCAAAAUGCUAGUGAACAAACGAAGAAGAUGAUGAACCGACAAUUCUCUAGCCCUGCAUCUUGUGGUUGCUUCCCUUGCAACUCCUAUCCUUGAUCUACAAAUAAUAGAAAGAUGUAUCCCCUGCUCUUUCUAAGCAAAAUCCAAAUCUAUUAAAUUCUUUUCUUUUCCCCA